AUGAGUGCAAAUCCUGAGAUUCAUCUAUCCCAGCCUCCUCCGGACUACGUCAAUGAGAAAGCUCGAAAUGACGACGACAAAAAAUCCCCAGAUGGCUCCACGAAUUUAUCGCCAGCACACACUCUGUCCAGCUCAGAUGAUGUUGUCUACCAUUACCUAGAGUUCGACACGCCAAUUCCUCGUCCUUCUUAUCUUGCAGCUCCGUACCAGCUCCAUUCAAGCCCACCACCAGAGCCCGAUCUCAAGAAAUAUGAGUCACCUUUCAAGUGGUCUAAGAGCAGGAAGCGCGCAAUAACUUGGCUGUCAUGCCUUGCAACAAUGGUGACAGCCUACGCAGCCGGUAGCUAUACGGCCGGUGAUGCACAAAUGGAACAAGAGUGGGGUGUAUCUCGCGUUGCAAUCACAGUCGGAGUGACCAUCUUCACCUGCGGUUUCGCCAUCGCACCUAUGAUCCUGGCUCCGUUCUCAGAAAUCAAUGGACGUCGUCCUAUGUUCGUGGUUACUGGAAUCCUGUAUGUUAUCUUCCAGGUCUGCUGCGCCGUUACUCGCUCUUACGGUGGCAUGCUCGCUGCACGCUUCUUCAAAGGUUGUGCAUCUAGUACUUUCAGCACCAUGGUAGGUGGCGUCAUUAGUGAUAUCUAUCAUGCCGAGGAUCGCAACACUGCUAUGGCUCUUUUCUCUGGAGCUGCCCUGUUUGGUACAGGACUUGGACCACUGGUCUCGUCAUUCAUAGCCUACUACACGACGUGGAGAUGGAUCUUCUACCUGCAAAUCAUUACCUGCGGAGUCGUCCAAAUCUUGGUAGUUUUGUUCUUCAAAGAGUCGCGAGGCUCGGUGCUAUUAUCAAAGAAGGCCAAAUGCCUCAACAAGUACUACGAUAAACUCGAGGCAGCAGGGUUUACAGGUGUCGAUAUGCCCAGCGAUUCUAUCUCGGGCAAGACCUGCAAGACCUCGAGUCAGAGGAUACGCUGGAAAGUGAAGAGUGAUGAGGAGCGUGCCAGUUUGUUGCAAAUGAUCAGGAUUUCGCUCAUACGUCCCUUCCACCUAUUAUUCACAGAACCUGUUGUCUUCUUCUUCAGUCUAUGGGUCGCAUUCUCAUGGGCGAUUCUCUACUUAACUUUCGGCGCUAUACCCGUAAUCUUCACAGCAUCACACAACUUCAAUCUUUACCAGGUCGGCUCGGUGUUCGCCGCCAUCAGCAUAGCAUCCAUAAUCUCAACCAUCAUCUCCAUACUCGGCGACAAAUGGUCAAAACGCCGCUUCCCUCACCUCGGUGACUCGCCAGAAGGACGUUUGUACUUCGCUUGUGCGCAAAGUAUCCUACUACCCGUCGGACUCUUCUGGCUUGCUUGGACAUCUGGCAGUAAUGUACAUUGGAUCGUUCCCACCUUGGCCAUUGGCUGUGCCACAAUGGGCAUCUUCAGCAUCUAUCUGGCUGUCUUCAACUACCUGGCCGACACAUAUCAUCGCUAUGCCAGUUCAGCACUAGCAGCACAGAGUUUCUGCAGGAAUAUGCUAGGAGGCGCGUUUCCUCUUUUUGUGCCGCAGAUGUUUAGGGCCAUGACGUUCCAGGGCGCUGGUAGCCUUUUGGGCGGUAUUGGUGCUGUGUUGACAUUGGUGCCCUUCGCGCUGUUAAUUUGGGGGCCGAAGAUCAGAGCUAGGAGCAAGUUUGCUAGUGAAAUCAUGGAUAAGUAA